AUGUUGUUCGUGAUAGCCCUGGCGCUGACCACAUACGAGAUCUUCUCAGUCAACGAGCUCCGCGACAGCAUCCAGCGAGCCAACACGUCAACGCUGUCACUCCUGCUCGCCGAGCAUGCCACCUACCGGCUUGGAGGCUCGCCUCUGGAGAUUCACGGCCGCCUCCGAGUGCAAAUCUCCGGCCGGGAGGGCACUGUUGUUGACGCGGCUGGGCUCUCGCGUGCGUUCAUCGUCGCCGGCGGAGGCUCGCUGGAGCUUCGCUCGCUUUCGGUGAUCCGCGGCGUCGCAAACGCCUCAGACACAGACGGAGGCGGAGGCUGUGUGGUGGUCAGACCAGAUAGCGCGCUGCGCGCCACCGACGUCCUCUUUUCUGAGUGCGCGGCAGUUACCCAGGAGCGUGGAUGGAUGGCUGCCGCCGGGCAUACGAUGGCCCGCAACGCCCUCGCCGACUUCAAUAUCCGAGGCGGCGCGGACGGCGGGGGCACGGAUGCGCAAGGCGGCGCGAUCGCAUCGCAUGGGGGCACGAUCUGGCUCGAGGGGUGCACGCUGCGCAACGCGUCGGCCCUCGAUGGCGGCGCCAUCUUUGUGUGGGGAGGCUCGCUGCUCAUCGAGCACAGCCGCUUCCUCGACUCCUCCGCAGCUCGCGAGGCCGGCUGCAUCGCCAUCCUCGAGGGCGCAGCAGCGGACGUCCGUAACGCGACGCUGCGAGGCUGCUCCGCCGGCGGCGACGGCGGAGGGAUCUUCGCCGCCGACGGCGCUCAAAUGGAGUGCACGGCGGAGGGCAGCGGCGGCGCGCUCGCCCUCGACGGCGCGUUUGUGGAGGUGCACCGCAGCGAGCUACGCGCCUGCAUGGCGCUCGAGUCGGGCGGCGGCGUGUGGGCCUUCAGCGGCAUGGUUUCCGCAUCCGACCUGCGGCUGCAGGGGUGCGGCGCCGAGGAGGACGGCGGCGGCAUGUACUUGUUGCACGCGUCGGCGCGGCUGCUGCGCACGAACAUCGAGGGGUGCGCCGCCGGCCGCUCGGGCGAUGGCGACGGCGACGGCGGCGGCCUCGCGGUCCACGGCGGCACGCUCACCGCCUCGGAGGUGCGGGUGGUGCGCUGCUCGAGCGUACGGGACGGCGGCGGGAUGCACAUCGGCUCAGGGGCGCUGGUGGUGCUGACCGCGUCGCUCCUGGCCAACUCGUCCAUCCUGCGCUGCCACUCGCGCCUGUACGGCACGGCGUACGUCGAGGGCAUCCCGACGCCGAGCCGCGGCAGCGAGCUCGCCCCGAGAUCCGCCGAGGGGAGAGAUCGGCCGAGCGCUGUAGGCAACCUGACGUUGAGCCACGGCUCCGAGCUCGCCGACUGCGACGGGCACGACAUGGGCCUGUCGGGCUCCUCAGAGGACUCGCGGAGGGGGGGCGUGCUGUGGAUCCGCCACGGCGGCGUGGCCCGCUUGCUGCGCUCCCGCGUGGCCGACAACCGCGUGUACGACCUCAGCGCGCCAAAGACCUUCUUCGCCGUGGCGAGCGUGGACGCCGGCGCGAGGCUCGAGGUCUUCCACUCCCUCUUUGAGAACAACUCGAUCACGUCCGUCACCGAUGACGGCGACGCGGCGGGGGCGCGGCUUCGGCCGGCGAGAGCGCCCGAGAUGGAAGGAGACCGCUCGAGGCUGUAG